CUCUCUCUAUAUAUAUUCUUUCUUUCAUCACUCUUCUUGUUCUUCACUUUGUCACUUCCUUUGCCUUCUUUUCUUGUUUUUUGUAUUCAUGGAAGUUUGUCAAAACUUCACCGAUCGUUCGUGCGCUUUCAAAGGAAAGCGCACUAAGCGAUCGCGACCAUCUUCCCCGCUGUGUCCAACGGGGAGAACGACGACCGUCGCUACCAGCAGCUCAUCGAUAGCUGGUGGUAGCGAUGACGAUGGUGGGGGUGAUUUUUACAAUUCAACAAUUCAAUAUUCAUCACCAACCACUUCUACUACUCAAUUUUCAACAACUAGCACAUCUGAGGAAGAUGAAGAUAUGGCUAAUUGUUUAAUUCUAUUAGCACAAAGUGGAUGUGGCCAGAAAGUACAAGAUGUAAGUGAAGUUAAAAAGGAGAAAAUCAGCAGCAGGAAAUUUACAGAAAUGGCCACUUGUACAAAUGGAAAAGCUGGUUUUUAUGUCUAUGAAUGCAAAACUUGCAAUAGAACUUUCCCUUCAUUUCAAGCACUUGGUGGACACAGAGCAAGUCACAAAAAGCCCAAAACCAUAGUGGAAGAGAAAAAAUCUGUCACUAUCAAUACUGACACUGCUGCUACUCCUACAACUCAUGAUUCACAUGAUCAUCAUCUGGAGAAUGAUCACGAACAAGGGCGUCUCAAUAGAAUUAGUACAACUCAUUCAAACCAAAUAACUGUCAACAACAAAACCAAAAUCCACGAGUGUUCAAUAUGUGGAUCGGAGUUUUCAUCAGGACAAGCUUUAGGCGGUCAUAUGAGAAGACACAGACCACCUCCUACGACGAUGAUAACUGCAAGCAAUGUUUCAGAAUCAUCGUCAUGCUAUCAUGACGAAAAAACUACAAGAAAUGUUUUGUCUCUUGAUCUUAAUUUGCCAGCACCACCAGAAGAUGAUCACAAAUUUGAACAAAGUCUAGUUUUCUCUGCAGCCCCUUUGGUUGAUUGCUAUUACUAAUAAUUUAAAAGAGAAGAGAAUCCAUAUUUUUUUUAAAGUUUUUCAUUUCUAUUUU